AUGGUCAGCAAUGAUAAUUAUAUAGAGUCAAAAUUUAAUAAAAUGAUAAGAAGAUUCCAUUCAACUUUAAUUAAAACCCAUGAACUUGCAGAUUUAAUGCUACAAAGGGUCCCCAUAUAUAUUAUUGAUGCAAGCUAUGACAUCCCUGGAGUCUCCGGAAAUUCAAAGUCAGAGCAUUUUAAAACCCGACUGCCAGGGGCUAAAUUCUUUGAAAUUGACGAAGUUUCAGACAAGACUAAUUCUCUCCCACAUAUGAUGCCUACACUUGACACAUUCGUGGACUUUAUGAAAAAGCUACGUAUAAAAAAUGACGAUAAUUUGCUAGUCUGCUAUGACAGAUAUGGAGCAUUCACAUCUCCACGUGUAUGGUACACAUUUAAAUGCUUUGGUAAGAAAAACAUUGCAGUAUUAGAUGGAGGACUUCCCAAAUGAGUAUCAGAAAAUCUCCUUACAGAGAGUUCUGAAUAUGAAAUCUAUCAAAACCCUGAAGGAGAAAUCAAUGAAGAUUAUAAUUACCAAUUUGAUAAGAAAAAAGUGAAAAAUUUUGAAGCUAUGACAUCCUUUUUUGCCUUGUUGGGCUCCAGAACUUCUGUUCCACAAACUAAUACUCAAAUUCUUGAUGCAAGACCACCUAAGCGCUUUUUAGGAAUCGACCCAGAGCCCAGGGAAGGAAUCAGAAGUGGCAAUGCAAGGGGCACGAAAAACCAUUGUUUCAAGUAUAAUUUCAAAAGUGAUGGAACUUUCAAAAAUCCUGAAGAACUGAAGAAGCAUUUUAUAGAAGCAGGAAUUAAUAUGGAUGAAAGUGCCCAUACUAUUCAUAUGUGUGGCAGCGGGAUCUCAGCUUGUGUCAAUAUACUUGCAAUGGAACUUGCUGGCAAAACAAAUAAUUCGCUAUAUGAUGGAUCUUGGACUGAAUAUGCAACAAGAUUUCCUAAAGAAGAAGAAAGGGCGCCUAGGGUUAAAUCAAUUCUGCAAAGUGAAUAUAUGAAGCAUGUAAAGGAAAGGUUUGAUUUGAAGUCAAACCCGGAAGAUGCAAUAAAAAAAAUGGAAAUGCUGACAAAAAUGCUUAAAAAAUAA